GGAAAAUAGAAACUCUCAGGUGUAUUACCAUAUGUUCAAAUUUAGGUUGUGGUUAGUGCUAGGAUGUGGUUUUCUUCAGCCUUCACUGGGUAACAGGGCAUUUUCUCUUUUAGGGACACUAUGAACGAAGAGCAGUUUGUUAACAUUGACUUGAACGAUGAUAAUGUUUGCAGCGUGUGCAAGUUAGGAACAGAAAGAGAGACUCUCUCCUUCUGCCACAUUUGUUUUGAGCUAAACAUUGAAGGUAAGUGUAGCCUCACAUUGAAUAAUAAUACUGCGCCAUUGAGGCUUUGGGAAAUUCUGAAAGGAAAUUCUUAUUAUUGGAAGAAUGUCUCUUUUACUAGAAAAGUAGUAAAUAAAUACAACAUUUUAACUGUUAGUAUAUUUGUGAAAAUUCUCUGUAGUGUCCUAUCCACUAAAAAACAUCUACAGUAAUAGAGACAAAUUCAAAAGUAUCACUAAAUAAUACAGAUCACUUGUUGGACUUUUUCAGGGUUUAAGGAUCUAAAUGCAGGAUAACCUACUGUUUCUUAGCAACCACAUUAUGUCAUUGCCAGAUGGAGUAGCCAUCUGUAAAAACAACUGAGUUUUGUGACACCUUAAAGACAAACCAAUUUAUUAUAGCAUAAGCUUUCCCAUAUCAGAUUUUAUUUAUUUAACAAUGUUUGUAAGCCACCAAAAACCCCCCAGCAACCCUUUAAUAUAUGGAAUGGAAUAUAUGGUCACAGGUAUAUAAACACUGAGUGUUGAGAGACAAAAUCUUAGUGAGGUCUGAGGGAAAUGAAACACAGACAGAUAAUAAUGUUGGCUGUCAUUUAGAGCCUGUCAGUGUGCAGCAGAAACUCUUGCUAGUCUUGUUUCCUAGCAAUGGUUUAAAAUAUUUUCGAGCUGAAAACUUGUAAGGAUCCAGCAUGACUGUCAGGUUAGCUUGAUGCCACUACUAAAGUCUUAAUUCAGACACACGAAACCUGCGUUCACAUCCCUGUUAUGCUUUGAGAUUUACCUUAUGGUAUUAAGCAAAAUGCUAACUUUAAGCUCCAUCUCCCUCACAGGGUGUUUGUGUGAAUUAAAAAAAAUAAUCACUCAGUUUGGAGAAGAGAGGAUCGGAAUACAACUCAAACCUAUUGGGCUUGUACUAUAUGCAUGUGAGCCCUGUAAAAAAUAGUUACAGUAAUUUACUCUUGAGCUUUUUGUAACUUUAUAAUCUGAUAAUCAGGAUUUGAAGGACUGCUAGUUUAGUUAACCGAUACUCACAUUUGCCCAGUCUUUAAAUAAGCACCUGUGCGUUUCUAAGCACGCAUUUACUUGCCGAUUUCAAUUUCCCUUGUUCUCAGUUUUGUUACAGUUCCAGCCUUCAUAAAUACGUGUUUGUGUCUUGCAAAAUACAUUUCUUGACAAAUGUUUGGUCUCCCACUUGUCUUUAGAAUAAACAGUGCUGUGUUGAAAUAUGAAGUUUAACCUCUCUUUAGUAAUGGGUUUGUGGGCUCCAAACAAUGGAAAUUUGACCUAGAAGAAGAGUUAAAUUGUACGUUUCUCUACAGUAUUGUAUAUUCUAAAAGACAAGUGGAAGCAUGUGCAUUUUGUCAUGAACUGUAUUUCGUAAGAGAUGAACAAGUCCCAAGUAAACAAGUCUAAACACAUUUCUGUAGUAAUAAACAUUUGCUGGUGUUCCAUCCAGUAAUAUCCUUCCUGCACAAAUUACUUUAGAGUUUUGCAUCAUAUUUAUUUGAGGCAACAAAGGUUACCAGACUACAGUCAAUGCUGUUUUUUAAAUACCAGUCUAGGCAGCAAAGCUGAUUGAGGAUUGUUGAUCUAUAACAACAAAUAGAUCCCCUUUCCCUAGUUUGCCCUAUAUGGAAUCUAAUGAUCGGGCAGAUAAAUACUGAGUAGUUGUUACUAAAAUCUUACUUGGUACCAGAAGUAGAAAGCACUCUACUUUUUCUGAGUGCUGUCACAGGAACAAUGGACUACACUGGCCGCUGGUUUGUGCAGGACUUUCUAUGUUAUAUCCUGCAGCAAAGUACUUGGCAAAGAACAGUUUUUAAAAACAGUGCUGUUGCAGCAUUCUGAAGGGUUUGUUGGCUUGCUAGUAAAAUGGAGAGAAGAAAAAUGACUUAAGAACCAAACCAGUUUGCUUUGUUUGGGUUCCAGGGCAAGUGUCCUGCUUACCCUGGCUGGGCUCACAAGGUUCAGCUCAAAGUUGGGAAGAUGUCUUGUUGCUAUUCAUUCUCUUCCAAAGGUGGCUCCAAAGUUCUCCCAAUCUGCAAAUUAUUAGCUGUAAGGAAACCGGACUGUUUUCAAAUGGUUUUUAGGUGUUGUUUGUUUUAUUUUUAAAUUGGAUUGCUUUGUUGCUGUGUUUCACACUCUGGGCUCUUUUGGGCGGCAGGGGUUGGGUUGAAAUUUUAUAAUAAGUAAAUAAAAUAAGGCAGUGGGUUAGACUGAAUGCAGUCGUAUGAUCAUUCCAGACCUGUAUCUUAAUGGCCUGUUAUCUUGGUAACAAUUCCCCUGAAACAAAACAAAAAGAAGAGUUUGGAUUUGAUAUCCCGCUUUAUCACUACCCGAAGGAGUCUCAAAGCGGCUAACAUUCUCCUUUCCCUUCCUCCCCCACAACAAACACUCUGUGAGGUGAGUGGGGCUGAGAGACUUCAAAGAAGUGUGACUGGCCCAAGGUCACCCAGCAGCUGCAUGUGGAGGAGCGGGGAAGCGAACCCAGUUCACCAGAUUACGAGUCCACCGCUCUUAACCACUACACCACACUGGCUCUCAAGUUCUGAUCAAUUGAUUAAUUCACUCACACUAUUACUUUGCAGUAAAAACACUUCAAACCAUCUCUUUUAAUCAGUUAAGGAAUAAUUACUCCAUACAGCUUGCUUUUUAAAUUUGAUUAAUCAUCCCAUUGAGUUAGAUAGAAAUCCGUUAAAAAACCUUUACAAAAUCUACCUCUCCACAUGCACACAGCAACAAAGCAAAAUCCUAAAAUGGCCUUUUACUUAAUUAUCAGCCACCUAGGGAUAAUUGCAUCUAAGGAAAUAAAAACUUGGGUGCCAUCCAACCUGGAGAAAGGGUGGCGAUGGAUGUUAACAGCUAGCUGGCAAGUCCUGGCAUCAAAGCUGUGUGUGUGCCUGUUCAUGGCUCUUUGAACUUGCCCAGCUGCUAGCAUAGCUCUUUGGAUUAGAGACUUGCACACAAAGAGAAAACAAGCCCAGCAGCUAUUGUGUAACACAGCAACAUGAGCUGGGUACAAAAGCUGAUGCUGGCUGUUCCAUAUAAUGAGAUCUUCCAUUGUAGAAGGCUGUAGAAAAGAAUAAAUGCCUACUUCAAAAUACAUCUGCACCUGUUCUGAAAUACUUCUUGAAAAGCAGAUGAUUUAGUUCCUGCUUUCUUUACAUGUAUAUGCUUGCUGUUCUAAGCAUCUGUUUUAUAUUUAGCCAAGAUAGAAAUAUGUUGGGGCAUGAGUUCCCUUUCAGCAUUUUAAUUAAAGCUUUUCAAAUAUAGAGGGUCCUCCCAGGCAUAAUAUAAGUAGCUGCUGGCUGAGAGCUGCUUGUCAGUUCAGUUACAACUCUACAGGGAGAUAAUCCUUCAGAGUUAACAUACUGGCUAAAUGCCUUAUGCCAGUAUGGCUGAAUGCCUAAAUGUCUUGGUAAGACUGCAUUUUUCCAUACUCAGAACCAGCAGUACCACAGGCUAAUUUGCUUGCACAGUAAUAAGCUGCCGGAAAUCAUUGCUUCUUGAUUUUCUGGCACAGUCCCUUACGGUGUUGGUGAGGCAUUUAUACAGGGUAUUUGCUGAAUUUAAUAUAUUGAUAUAAAUGUCUUUAAAUAUUUUUAAACAAUACCAUGAGCUUGAGUGGCAGAAUCACAGUAGACUGAGAGAACUAAUAUAAAUAUUAUUUACUCGUUUUAAAAAGUCAGCUGUUCUUCAGAAUAAAUUCUGCUCAGCCAAUGUACUGUCACUUUAUUGCAGGUGUUAUACGCUCAGUUGAAAACUUCCAUAAAGAUUCUAGUGCAUCAUACAUAAUGCUUAACUAUGGUUUAACUUGAAACAAGCAGCUUUGAGGUUUUUUGCAAUCAAGUUGUGUAAAUUUAAUGAAUUUACUCAAAAGUCCACAUUUUGCUCCUGGCCAUGCUAGAAGCAACGAAGCACAAAGCUUUUCUUCUUGUGUUAGUCAAACGUGAGUUCAUGGCUUAUUUCUUCUCCAUGCUCCUGGUUUGAGUCUUCUCCAAACACAGCACAAGCAGCAGCCAAGGUUUGUUUGAGGGAAACAAACCAUGAACUUUGCUUUGCAUGGCCAGGAGUAAGACCAUGCUGGAAUCAACUAGGGUUCCGUGUAAUGUAUGAACACAGCUUCUGUUGGCUGUUGGGGUGCAGAAUGUGAAAAUCCAUGUUUUUUGGGGUGGCAGCAUAUGUGAAAUAAGUGAGCUUCUCAAUGAGAUUGAGAAGGAAGAUUAGAUUUAUUCUUUACAAAUUCCUAUAGAUGAGAGACAAACCCCAUGUGUAGAAUGGAACAAAAUUGUUUUUGUAGUCCUUCUGGUGAAAACAGCAGCACAUUUUUUGCUCGGUGGAAUUACAGUUGCAGCACUGCCACACUUCUUUAUUUCACAUUCAUACAUGUGUUGCAUAAUCUGCUUUAUGAUAGAUGUUCGCAGAGCUUUUCCUAGUCAAAAUCCAGCCUAUUUAAAGGUGCUUAGAUAACAGAUUCUGUCCAGUGAUUCUACAAAGGAUCACUUUCCAGUCCUGUGAAAGACUAUUGGUGCCAUAUUAAAGGCGCUGAUGCCCUGAGUGACUCUAGCUAUCUCAGUAUAGUACUUAGCAUUUUUUGCUGGAAACAUUAACUUAGAGAUGUUAACCAUAGACGACAGAAGUUAGGCUAUCCUUGUCCAGAUAGGGGCACAGCUGGACGGCUGUAUUCCUGUAGUCUAUAAAUUCCUGCCUUAGUCUUAAUAGGAUUCCGUUUGGUUUAUGUGUGAUAUAACGUAGGUAAAAGGUAAAGGACCCCUGGAUGGUUAAGUCCAGUCAAAGGCCACUAUGAGGUGUGGUGCUCAUCUCGCUUCAGGCCAAGGUAGCCAGCAUUUGUCCUCAGACAGCUUUCUAGGUUAUGUGACCAGAAUGACUAAACCGCUUCUGGCGCGACGGGACACCGUGAUGGAAGCCAGAGCUCACGGAAACAUCGUUUUAUCUUCCCGUCCCAGCAGUACCUAUUUAUCUACUUGCACUGGUGUGCUUUAGAGCUGCUAGGUUGGCUGGGACAGAGCAACUGGAACUCACCCCGUCACACAGAUUCAAACUGCUGACCUUCUGAUCAGCAAGCCCAAGAGGCUCAGUGGUUUAGACUACAGUGCCAUGUGCUCCCUUCAUAUGUGAUAUAUGGAACAAGUUGAACGAUACCAGAUGGAGUCAUACUUGAUGCUGAAUCCAAGCAAAACUGGUCAUUAUGCCAGGUGGGUCCUGUUACUUGGGGAUUCCCAUCACUGGUAUAUUUAGCUUCCUCUUAGUCGCUUAGACUGAUCCUCUGUGGUAGUUCCUAGGUGCCGAGGUUGUGGAAGUGGAGAUGAUUUUAUUUCAUUAUAUAGGGGUGUGAAUAACUCUUUGAGCUGCUUAUGAGAAAAAUUAAGUGACUAUGAGAUACAGAAAAUUACCUCUUUAUCAACCUUGUGUCCUUGCAACCUGUGUCUAGUCUUCAUUGAGUGCCGAUUACUUCUUAAAAUAUCUGCAGCCUACAAUUUAAUAUAAUUGAAUUACAGUGUUCACUUGUAACUUUUUUCUCCCCUCAGGAAUACCAAAGUCUGAUCUUCUGCAUACAAGAUCAUUAAGGGGACACAGAGACUGUUUUGAGAAAUUCCACUUAAUAGCAAACCAGAGUUGCCCACAGUCAAAACUCUCCAAGAGCACAUAUGCAGAAGUGAAAAACAUACUGAGCAAAAAAAUUAACUGGAUUAUACAGUAUGCACAAAACAAAGAUUUGGAUUUGGAUACUGAAAGUUCGAAGCAAGCACAGCAUCAGCUGUUUGGCUUUAGACAUCAGAGAGAGAGAAAGCUACUGCCACAAUUUGAUUCCCAAGUUCCUAAAUACUCUGCAAAAUGGAUAGAUGGAAAUUCCGGGAGUAUUUCAAACUGUUCACACAGUAUUCUAGAACCAAGAGAAUCCAACGAUUUUAGACUUGAUAUGUUGCAGCAAGCAGGUGCUACCUUACACUGUAGUAGUUCAUUGUGGUCUAGUCACGACCAGUCAGCAGAGAUUGGGAAAGCUGAAACAGGUCCAGAUACCCAGGUCCAAAGAAGACACCAGCAGUACAGCAGGGAGCAAUGUAAGUGGAAGAAGUGCUUAUGCUUAUGUGUCUCGAUAUUUUUGUUCUAAAUCUUUAUAAAGGCAUUUUUAAUAGCUUUUAGUAAUCAGACUUUGUCAUCUGAAAGUCACUGGAAAUGGGAAAAGAGUAAAUGUUGUUUGCUAGUAUCUGAUUGUCAAAUGCACCAUGAAACAAGGGAAGUCUUCCUUUUUGAGUUGAUGUGCAAACACUAAAAUUGUAUUUAUCUUUGAGUGUUUCAUUGGCACCGUGGAUUCACUCCAGCGAUUAACACUUAAGCAGAAGGAGGGAGGUCUUCUGAGUUCACAAGCAUAGAACCCGUAAAUGUAAAUACUUCGUUUUAAAUCAGCAGAUUUUGUGUUGUGUUUAGGAUUGCAGCCUCAUGACAUUUACAAGGGAGUAAGCUCCAUUGAGUGUAUGGAAACUUACUUCUGGGGAAACAUGUAUGAGACGACACUGUUAAUCCAGUAAUAUCGAUCUCUUUGAAUGCUUAAUUUAGUGUCUAGUAAAGGUUUUGCAAUCCUGGAGCAGCUUUGAAGGGUGCAGAAAUUCUGCUGUGUGCUGGUGGGUGGGGAACUGAUAACAAGCAAGAGUCUGUUAAGCCUGUUCAGUUUUUAUGGCCACAGACAUCUUCCCAUUUAUUUCCCCCAAAGGGAUGUUUAUAACCCUGACCAGAUAAGAGUGUGAUUUCAUGGGAUGUGACAUAGAAAGGGCACAAAUUCACAUUAAGGCAGUUGUAUGAACUUAAGGGAUGCGGGUGGCGCUAUCGGGACGCUGGUGGUGCUGUGGGUUAAACCACAGAGCCUAGGGCUUGCCGAUCAGAAGGUCGUCGGUUCGAAUCCCCAUGACAGGUGAGCUCCCGUUGCUUGGUCCCUGUUCCUGCCCACCUAGCAGUUCGAAAGCACCUCAAAGUGCAAGUAGAUAAAUAGGUACUGCUGUGGCAGGAAGGUAAACGGCAUUUCCGUGCGCUGCUCUGGUUCUCCAGAAGCGGCUUAGUCAUGCUGGCUACAUGACCUGGAAGCUGUACGCCGGCUCCCUCAGCCAAUAAAGCGAGAUGAGUGCUGCAACCCCAGAGUCGUUCGCGACUGGACCUAAUGGUCAGGGGUCCCUUUACCUUUAUGAACUUAAGUCUUGCACUUUUUCACUCCUGGGUAUUUAGGGUUGCCAUGUUCUUCUGAACAUUAAUACCCUAAGUAUGUUGCUGCUUUCCAUUUUUCUGACUUGUCACUACAGUAGAAUGAAGAAGCCCAACAUUCAGUUAUGUUAGUCUUGGUUACCCUUCAAAAUGGUUUGUUAAAACUUUUCUGUAGGUCACCCCUCCUUUGCUUCCCCUCCCACUCUCUUUUGUCUGGUGGCUUAUGUUUUUUUUUUCUUGUUUCAGUGAGUAAGAUGACUCUUGCAGAGGUGGAACAGCUGAAUGGGAAACUUCUCCAGCAAAUCCAGGGUAAGGUGAAUUUUAAUAUUUGCCUAUUGAUUGGUCCUCCCCAAAAUAAAUAAAUACAUAAAGGAAAAAGACACUGCUAGUUUUAAGUGUAGAAAAUACACUUUUUUCUCUUUUCCCAUGAAAAAGGUAGAAAUCUUGGGAAAUAGAAACAAAUUAAUUUUGGAGACUACAAUGUAAAAGCAUCCAUCUGCAUUCUAGAAAGUGUCAUGUAUUCUGCUAAUAUAUUGAUCCAGAAUAGAAUCCCAAUUUAUAGUUAGCAGAGUAAAAACUUAAACACGUUGCAGGAUUCCCAGAAAAUAGACCAGAGGCAAGUAAUAUUUCAUCCAGCAGAGCUUUACUGCUACUGAAGGCAAAUGAGCAUAUUGGUCACAAAUCCAAUACAUUCAGGAUUGGCACUGUCCAUAAGAAAUCCAGUUGCGGCAGACUUUACUUAAACCUACAAUAACUUAGAAUAAGACUAAACCUUAACACUAUAUACAGAACACCACACCAGAAGGAAGAGAGAUAGAAAGGGAAGCCCAGGCUUCUUCUGGCCUUAUUAUUAUAGUCAGCAUGAUCUUGACAGAAAAAGAUAACGGAAACAGUUUAAGCCAGCAGUACUCAGCUUCUCUGAAGGAAUAACCCAAACAUCAUGAGCCUUCUGCUUGUUUCUUUCACACAGAGAAGCUUCCGGAACCCUCUUGAAUUAAGUAGAAAAGGAAAUCUCUCUACACAUCAGAUCAAUACUUUCUGUACUAAGAAAUGCAAACUGACAGAAAGGGCUCUAGGUUACUGAUUUUUAGGUUCACAACUUUCAUUUUGUUUUUAGUAUCUUGUAAAUGACACAACAGAAUUGCAAAGUGAUGGGUGUACUUCCUGAAAUCAUGGACUAACUUGAUGCUGAUAUUUAUUUCAGAUGUGUUUGAAGAGCUGACUAAGCAAGUACAAGAAAAAGACUCCUUGGCUUCACAGCUUAAUGUCCGUCACAUUGCUAUUGAGCAGCUGCUAAAGAACUGUUCAAAAUUGCCAUGUCUACAGAUGGGACGGGCAGCAAUGAAAUCCAAUAUCUCCAUAUAGCUGCAGCAAAGCUUGCCUUUCCCCGCUUUGUUAAUCUUAUCUCAUGCAGUUACAUACUCAAGCAGUAUUUUGGAAAAUUCUAAACAUGUAUGCAUUGCAAAACGCAAUGGAAGUUACAUACAGUGCUCUUUUUUAAAAGAAGAAGAUGAGGAGGAGGAGGAGGAAAAGUGCACUGGAGACUAGUUUGGCUCUGGAAGUCAUCUAAUCUCCUCCCAAAAUUAGUUACGUUCCUUCCAGGCACUGAUGAUAAAUACUUUGGUGUGACUUAACAAAGACUUCUGACUGCCUGUAAAUAGCCUGGAGCGCUAGCUGAUGAAAUGCAGUUUUUAGGUACAAAGUGAAUGAUGGCGCAACCAGUGUUCAUGAAAUCUACAUUUCUUAUUUAUUGUAAGCAAUAUUUUAUUACUGAAAUUUUAUACAAGAAGAAACUAUUUUAGGUACUUUUCCACAUCUCUUUAUAAAAGUUUUGAAUGAUAUAUAACAUUUUUGCCUUGUGUAAUGAUGGUUUACCCUUUUUUCAAGUCUGUGUACUUAACUUUCAUGAUGGAAGUUGUUGUUUUUUUAAAAAAAAUAAUUGUUUCCCAAAGACACAAUCUCAGUGGCUAUAAUGCGUUACUUUUACUUUUUGGCAGUGUACAAUUUAUUGGGCAUGGGUUGUAUCUUAACAGAAGAAAUUUUAAGCACAGCACCUCCUUUUCAGAAUGAUGGUUCAUGUUUUGUUAAUAUAUGAAGAGCUGGGUUUUGGUUUUGUAUGUGAAUUUUUAAUGCUUAAUAAAAGUAUAUGGCUUCAAAGAAAUAAACCUAUAAUACCUCAUGGAAAUAA